AGCGCUAAGAAGUCGUAGCAAGCUUUGCUUCACAAACCCCAGAACAUAUUCUUGCUCGCACCGUAGCAACAACGAACUAAGAUGCCGCCACAACAAGAGGACACCCAAGCCGUAGGAGACGAGGCCGGAGCCAUGCCGAACAAGGAAGACACGACGGACAACGGGGAAGGAGGGGCUUCCUACUGGGACGCCCCGAAGGAGCGUUCUCUCGAGGGAAAGACCCUAAGCACCUUGGACAUGAGCAUGCUUGAGAAGGCAAACCCCGACAAAGACAAGGAAAAAAAUGAUAGUUAUUGGGAAGCCACACCGGAACGAGGCCUGGAUGGAAAGACCCUAAGUACUAUGGACAUGGCCGUAUUUGGAGCUGCCGACAAAACUACGAAUGGCGAGGAUGUGAAAACAUCUCCUUCGAAAUCGCUACCAAAAACGCCAAUUUGCGCAGAGGAGCCCGACACGGAGCCCUCGUACUGGGACGUUCCCAAGGAGCGUUCUCUUGAGGGAAAGACCCUUAGCACCUUGGACAUGAGCAUGCUCGAGAAGGUUAACCCCGACAAAAACAAGGGAAAAAAUGAUAGCUAUUGGGAAGCCACACCGGAACGAGGUCUGGAGGGUAAGACGCUGAGUACCCUUGAUAUGUCCUUGAUGGAGGCCAACAAUCCCGAAGAACAACAGAAAAAGAAAGACUCGUAUUGGGAUGCAGCUCCCGUUGAUAGAUCGCUACAGGGAAAGACCCUAAGCAAGCUAGAAUUGUCGGCACUGGAGUCCAAUCAUCCGGACGAAAAAAAAGAAAAGAACGAUAGUUACUGGGAUGCUCCCGAGGAACGAAAACUGCAGGGAAAGACAUUGAGUACGAUCAACAUCAACACACUGGAAACAGAAUCUACGGGGGAAGAACCCUCGUCCGAAACAGCUCCUUCCUAUUGGGAUGAUGCUCCGAUCGAGAGAUCCCUGCAAGGAAAGACGCUAAGUCAGAUUGACAUGAGUGCGAUGUCCAAGCAACACGCGGGUGAGCGCUCGUCGAAAUCGGGCGACCAUCCCUACUGGGAUUGGAAGAUGAAGGGCUUCAAGAAGACGCUGAGCAAGUUGUCGCUGAGCAAUCUUCGCACGGGCAGUCGCAAGGACGAAAUCAUGGUCGACGACGACUUUUGUGUUCACGGUGCUAACAACAGCCGGACGAACAGCAUGAAUAGUCUCGACAGCAGUGGUGUCAGCAACGAUGGUCCCAGACAACCGGUCAAACCCAUUACCAAAAAGACCCACAAACUCCGCGACUCGUGGCGUAAGUCCUUUCAGAAGAUGUCGACCAACACGCUGGAUCUUUUGGACGAAUCUACCUCCAGCGGAGGCCGAAUCAUGGGAUCCAGAAUUUUCAAGUCCCGAAACAAUCUGGACGUUAGCGGUGGAUCCCGUAGUAGCGUUUCCAGCACGGGAAGCGACGGCGGCAUUACAUUCUAGAGAUGUGAACAAAGCUAAGCGUGCAGCUAUUUCAAAACAGCAAUCAAAAUAUUUCAAAGCC